GGAACCUUUUUUCAAAUGGGCUCCUUGUCAGAAACUGACCGACGGGGAGUUCUGCUUAGUUACAGGCUGGCUAGUGAAUCGAGGGGGUUAAGUAGAGGUGGGCUGCAGCCCCUGUGUGGGGCAGAGGGGUGGCUGACCCCAAAGGGUGUGGGUGCCGAGAAGGGGUCUGGCUCUGGCAGCGACAGAAUCAGGGAUCGGCCCAAGAUGCUGCUGCCGCUGGUGUGGGGAUUCUGGUGCCUGACAGCUCUGAUGCAAGGAAGGAACACAGCAUCUGCUGCCUUCCUGCCCCCCAGCGUGGAGAGGCUCUUCAAGGAGUUUCGCAACAUCUUUGAGCAGAGCCGGGAGGAUGUGCUGGGGAAAGACCGGCUUGAGCCCUCUGUUGAUAUCAGCAAGCUGCCCUCAAACUAUCACAACGAGGAGAAGCACCAGCGGAAAGUGGGGAAUGCCACUGUGUACAGCCACCGUGAAAUCAGCAAAAUGACUGAUAACCGUACAGGAGAGAUGGUGUUUUCAGAGAAAACAGUGACUUCUAUUGAACAGGCAGACGCCCGCCCAGACGAGGAGGAAGAGGAGGAGCAGGAAUGUGUGAGUGACAGCGACUGCCAAAAGGACCAGUUCUGCUUUAAGUCCUUCCUUACUUCCUGGUGCCAGCAGUGUAAGGUCAAGAAUACAAUAUGCUGGAAGGACAGGGAAUGCUGUCUGGGAUACCUAUGUGUAUGGGGCAGGUGUGCAAAAGGUGUGAGCCGUGGUGAGAGUGGAACAAGAUGUGACCCACACCAGGACAAGUGUGCUCAGGGGCUGUGUUGCACCGCCAGCAACUCUCUCUCAUUCCCAGUCUGCACUCCUUAUCCAAAGGAAGGGGAAGUAUGCCAGAUUCCCACCAGUUCCCUCUUUGGACUGAUGGGUUGGGGCAGCUUCACAGCCUUUCCCAGACCUAGCCAGUAUUGCCCAUGUGCCCAAGGGCUGAAGUGCAGAGCUAAAAGAUAUACAACAGUUUCCACAUGUGAAAAUUCAGAGAACAGUGUGGAUAUUAGUAGACCAGACCAACAGCUCUCUUUCUACCAGCCAAUCCUGAUGCGUCGUGACAAAGAGGAUGCUUCUUAUGAUGACUCUGUGCAAGAUGGCCAACCGGCAUUAGUCAAUCUGCCCAGAGCUCCUUAUUCCAUGGAAGAUAUUGGCCAACCAAAGGGGCUCAGUGAAGACUAUGAUGAGAAAAGGCAGUUGCCAUGGGAGGAAGAUAUGGCUGAUCCCAAACAAGCAGAUUUCCAGGAACUCAAGCAAUUGGCCAAUGAAAUGGGGCAGUACAUUUGGCCUGGCUUUUACUAAUUAAAUUGUUUUUGGCCCAU